AUGCAGUUAUGGCUUCUCGUCACUCUCAUAUUCGCAUGUCUCAUUCUAGUCGAUGCCAGAAUCCCACGAGGUACACCCACUUCUCUCUUUCCUAUCUUUUCUAUCUUUUCUAGCCCGAUUCCGAAAGAGAGGACCGUCUGGAUUCUCGUUGGCCAGAAUACAGAAAGAAUACGACGACGACUACGACUCGACGGAGGACUCGAGCAGCCGCCACAAAAGUGCUUGUAAGUGGGGAUCCCGACGGGCGGCACAGAUACCAUCUUCCAUUCGCUUUCACUUGCACUUUCUGACGCUUCCGAUCUCUAUCAAAGACUUCUCCGUGGCGGCUGUUUUUUGUUGUGUUAUGCGUAAAAGUGCAUUCGAAACAAAGAAACGACGAAAACGAAUUGCGAAAAGGGAGAAAUUAGGUUGUUGCAGUGGACGGUUCGCGACGGAGAGACGAAGUGGUGAACGACGCGAAGUGCCUCCAGAGGUGUAACAAUCAACUGAACAUCGGAAUGGACAUGGUCAAUGUGGGUGCUUGCCCUCCCUUGCCCCUAAAUCACAGUACUCUCUUCAGGCGCACAUGGCAUUCGGAAGCAUCGACGUGCCGAGUGUGGUGGAGAAGAGAGAUCUGGAAAUGUUCUGCAUGCUCGACUAUCAGCACAGUCAGUGCAUUGACGAGUGCGGCUAUUCAGUUCAGUUCAACCUCCGAGAAUAUGUCUGUCGGAAUCGCUUCCCCGAGGUUAGUCAGCCAUUGGCCGGCAGUGUUUACAUGCAGCCAGACCUUUCCGCCCGUCAACUUUUUAUUCGUUCACCAGAUGUUGCAACAUCUUCCAUGCUACGCCAAGUCGGCUCCGGCUCUCAUCCGUCAUUGCCGUCCACGAUGCGGUGGCUAUAAAGCACUUGUGCACACUCAAGACGGCUACUCUCAGAGGUAACCAUUGGAAAGCGAGUGGGAGAAAAGAGAGGAAAAGGAAGAUUUACAGGUGUAGACAACUUCUCUGCGAUCACACGUGCUCGACAUACAUUCUGAAGAGGCUGUGUCCCGAUGAGACGGGCGUGGCGGCAGCCAACUACUUGCUGGAGUUCACGCGGCUGCAGGUCGACUACUGGAUGAAGGACUUCACGAAACAGUCCAAGUCACGGAUCCCGUUGACUUGCCGGAAAGUUCAGUGCAAAGAUUUCAAGUUGGCGAACUGCCGACCCCAGAAACGAUACAGAAAACGAGUAGUCGAUAACUGA